AUGCUUGCUACAAGACUCUGGAGGUCAUCGAUAAGGCCCCUCGCAAAUGCCACUCGAGUCAGAAACUUUCACCCGUUGGCUCGGAUACCACCGUCGCAAUUACUUCAAUCAUGGUCAGAACCGACCCAGUCCAACCUCGUGCCAAUGGUUAUUGAACAGACGGGGAGAGGAGAGCGGUCAUACGACAUUUUCUCGAGGCUACUCCGAGAAAGAGUAAUCAUGUUGCAUGGCCCAAUCCGAGACACAGAUUCAACACUAGUAGUCGCUCAGUUGCUGUUCUUGGAAGCGGAAGAUUCGACAAAACCAAUACACCUGUACAUCAAUUCUCCGGGUGGAAGUGUGACGGCUGGACUUGCCAUUUAUGACACAAUGCAGUAUGUAUCCGCGCCCAUACACACAUACGGCCUCGGUCUCGCGGCUUCUAUGGGCUCCUUGCUGUUGGCUGCCGGUGCCAAAGGGAGAAGACAUUGCCUUCCAAACGCUAGUAUCAUGAUCCAUCAACCCUCCGGUGGUGCUUCUGGCCAGGCCACGGAUAUCGCAAUCCAUGCUAAGGAAAUCCUGCGGAUAAGGCAGCUGUUGACCGGCAUUUAUCAGCGGCAUUGUGCAAAGGAGGGUGAAACCGAGGCCGCUGGGCUUAAACGUUUCGAGACCGCCUUGGAACGGGACUACUAUAUGACUGCUCAAGAAGCCUUGGAGUUUGGAAUCGUCGAUGGGAUUCUCGAAAAGCGACCACCCUUGGAAGAGGGUGCUUCCUCGGAACCAUAG